AUGUCAGCAAAAAAACGAGCAAGAUCUGACACUUCAGAUAAUCCAGAAAAAAAUAUUACUUUCGAACUUAAAGAUACAUUAAAUCGUCCUUUUAAAUUUUAUAUUCCUCUCGAUAAAAUACUUGAGAAACCAGAAACAAUGCUUGGAAGAAUGUUUGAUCCAGCAAACAAAGAAAUGCUUACUCCUGUUAUCGUAGAUGGUCAGCCUGUUUAUCAACUUAAAGCAAAUAAUCAUUUCGUGUUCGUAAAGAUUGUUAAUUAUUAUCAAACCAAUAAACCACCUAAAUAUGAAACGAACGAACUCUACGAUGAACAAGAAUUCGACAAAGAACUCGAUUACUUUAACGUACCCAAGUACACGCGUCAAGUCGAGAUCAAUGAAUUCGUCGCAAAAAAUCUCAAAUCUAUGAUUGACAAACUCAUAUUGAACGUAGAUAAUAAUUUCCGGUUACUCAAGACUGAUUUUGUUUAUAAUUUUACUGAAAACAAGAAUAGACAAAGUGUGAAGGAAUUUAACGGAACCUCUAAUGAUGGAUAUGGAUAUGAAUUGUUGAAACAUUUUAAAGAAAAUAUCAAAAGCGCUGUAAAGAAAAAUUUUCCUGAAAGCAAUAUAAGCAUAGAACAUAUGACUUCAUCACAACCAACGUAUUCGAUUAAAAUAUCAAAUAGCGUAAACAAAAAAAACAUCUUACAAUAUUUACCUGACGAAUACAAAUGA